AUGCUGCAACUGCUCGAGGAAAUGAGAAUGAUUUCUUUUGUUAUUCAUAUUUUACUAAUUCUCUGCUUUCUGUCGAGGGAAUUUGUCUCUAAUGGUGAUACAACAUUUUGUUCGAAGUUUGAUAGGGAAGCUCUUAUCAACUUCAAAAAUGCUCUUGUAGAUCCAGAAAAUCGACUCUCGUCGUGGCAAGCAGGAAGCAAUUGUUGUCAAUGGAGGGGGGUGAGCUGCAACAACCAUACUGGAGCUGUAAUUGCAAUCGACCUUCACAAUCCAUAUCCAUAUGACCCUUAUUAUGAUGACUCUUCCAACAACAGGUAUGGGUUCUGGAACUUAAGUGGACGGAUUGAUCCUGCUUUGUUAAGGCUCAAGUCCUUGAAACAUUUAGACUUGAGUGGCAACACAUUUCAAGGCACCCCAGUUCCUGAAUUCUUGGGUUCUUUGAAGAGAUUGCAAUAUCUAAACCUAUCAAAAGCAGGGUUUAGUGGUUCAAUUCCUUCCAGCUUGGGUAAUCUUUCUAGCCUUAGGUAUCUCGAUAUCUCUUCAGAUCUUGAUCAACAGACACAAGAGUUUACUCAAUGGAUGGUUGAUUUUGAAUGGAUAGGUGGUCUUGGCUUCUUAACACACCUUGCAUUGAAUGGAGUGGACCUCUCACUGGUAGGAUCCAAAUGGAUCCAAGUGCCAAAUAUGCUAUCAUCAUUGACCGAGUUGCAUUUAUCCGGUUGUGGCCUCUCUGGCGUCAUUCCAUCUCUUCAAUCUGUUAAUUUUACUUCACUUGCCAUUAUUGAUCUCAGUCAUAAUGAUUUCAAUUCAAAAGUACCCGAUUGGAUCAUGAAUAUAACCAGCCUUGUACAUAUUGAAAUGCACAACACAGGUUUGCAUGGAAGGAUUCCACUUGGCGUUUCUGAGCUUCCCAAUUUGCAAUACUUGGAUCUUUCUGAAAAUUUUAAUCUUUCUGCCAUCUGUUCACAAUUAUUCAAGGGAAGUUGGAGAAAAAUUGAAGUUCUAAUGUUAAGUUUCAAUAGAAUACAUGGGAAGCUCCCUGAUUCCAUCGGAAAUAUGACAUCUUUGGUACAACUGGAUUUGAGAGGAAAUAAUAUCAGAGGAAGAAUCCCAAGUUCCAUGGCAACCCCAUGCAACUUAAAAAAAUCAAUUUUAUAUCAUAAUAAUAACUCGAGUGGUAGCUUACCAGAAUUUGUUCAUUGCACAUCUAAAGGUGCUCUGUCUGGUUUGAGGUACCUGGAUUUGGGUCACAAUAAAUUACACGGUACUUUACCAGAUUGGUUGUUCCAGCUGGAGAAUCUAGAGGUGCUUUCUUUGGAAUAUAACUUACUCCAAGGUCCUAUCCCUGCAUCUUUAGGGAGAUUGUCUCUCCUAAGUGAGUUGUGGCUUCGACAAAAUGAAUUUAAUGGAAGUCUCCUUGCUGAUACUUUAGGACGGCUACCAGAAUUGGUGGCUUUGGAUGUAUCUUCGAACUAUUUGACAGGUACAAUGUCUGAAGCUCAUUUUUCAAGCCUAGGUAAUUUGGUGGUCUUAUACUUUUCUUCCAAUUCUUUAACUUUGAAUGUUAGCUCCAACUGGGUUCCUCCAUUCAACGUUGAAAUUCUUGGUAUGGGAUCUUGCAAAAUGGGCCCUUCUUUUCCUGCUUGGCUUCAAACCCAAACUGAACUCAUACAUUUGGAUAUCUCCAAUGCUAGCAUUUCAGGCACAAUACCCCACUGGUUUUGGGACCUUUCUUCCAGUUUGACUGUAUUAAAUGUUUCAUUCAAUGAAUUAGAAGGUCAGUUGCCAAACCCACUUAAGGUUGCAUCUUUAGCCUAUGUUGAUUUCAGCUCCAACCACUUGAAAGGACCCAUACCUCUUCCAACAUCUGACAUUAAAUCAUUACGUCUCUCCAAUAAUCAAUUCUCUGGUCCUAUUCCCUCUGAAAUUGGUGAAUUACUGCCUGAUUUGCAAGCCCUAUUCCUUUCAAGUAACCAUAUAACAGGUGAAAUCCCCACCUCCAUUGGAAAGAUGCCAUUUCUGCAAUUACUCAGUCUUUCAAGAAAUAAUUUGAUGGGUAGCAUCCCUUCAAGCAUAGGGAACUGUUCAAAACUAGUUGUCUUGGAUCUUAGACAGAAUAAACUAUCUGGGUUGAUCCCCUUGUCAUUGGGUCAUUUGAAACAGCUUCAGAGUUUGCACCUUAGCGAUAAUCAGAUAUCGGGGGAGCUCCCAUUAACCUUGCAGGGUUGCACAAGCUUGGAAACUCUAGAUCUUGGAAAUAACAAACUGUUUGGUGGCAUUCCAUCUUGGAUUGGAGAAAGACUCUCUGCUCUUAGGAUUCUUCGAUUGAGGUCAAAUUCAUUUUCAGGUGAAAUUCCUUCUCACCUUUCCAAUCUGAGAUCCCUGCAGGUCUUGGAUCUCGCGGAUAACAAUUUUACUGGCGACAUUCCUGCCAGCUUAGGCAGUCUUGAGGCAAUGGCUCAUGUGCAAAAUGUAAACCAUUACAUACUCUAUAAUGGGCCACGGGGACAAUAUUACGAUGAGAGUUUGACUGUUUCAAUUAAAGGCCUUGAACUCACAUACACCAAAACUCUUUCCCUUGUAACUUGCAUAGAUCUUUCCAGAAAUAAUUUUUAUGGAGAGUUGCCCAAGGAGAUUACAAAUCUGUCUGGUUUAGUGGUCUUAAGCGUUUCAGAAAAUCAUAUCAGUGGAGAAAUUCCUGCAAGAAUUGCAAGCAUGCAUGAAUUGUCUUCCCUAGAUGUUUCAAAUAAUGAUCUGGGGGGAGCCAUUCCUUCUAGCAUGUCAUCCAUGUCUUCUUUGGGUUAUCUCAAUUUAUCAUACAACAACUUCUCAGGUCAAAUCCCAUUUUUUGGGCAGCUGGCAACUUUUAAUGAGUCCUUCUACCAUGGAAACCCAGGUCUUUGUGGACUUCCACUUGCUAUAAAAUGCCAAAAUGAGGGUCCAAACAGACAAGAGACCAUCGAGCAUGAGGGUGGCAGUGAACAACUACUCAUGGAAACAUCGUUUUAUUUGAGCAUGGGUUUGGGUUUUGCAGCAGGUGUUUUGGUACCUUAUCUUGUCAUGGCAAUGAGAAAGUCAUGGAGUGAUGCUUACUUCCGUUUUGUCGAUAAAAUUGUUCAUAAAAUGUUGAAGAUGAGAAGCAACAGGUACACAUCCCAGAAAAAACGUCGCCGUCGAUGA